AUGAAAAUCACAUUCAAGGAUCUCAAACAGAACAAGUUCGUCAUUGACGCCGAGCCAUCUGAAACGAUUGGCGACGUCAAGGCAAAGAUCAGGGCUGAGAAAGGAUGGGAGUCAGAAGAGCUGAAGUUGAUCUACUCUGGCAAGAUCCUCCAAGAUGCUGGCACGGUUGAGUCAUACAAGAUCGAAGAAAAGGGUUUCAUUGUUUGCAUGACCAAGAAGCCCAAACCCGCUGCCGCUUCAUCGAGCCAGCCUGCUCCUUCGACUCCUGCUCCCGCCGCCGCUCAGACACCCGCAGCCCCUGCUGCACCUGUACAAUCGACGACCGCCGCUCAGAAUGCUCCGUCUACGCCCUCUCCCGCCCCACAAGUCUCCUCGGAGUCGUCGCGCUUCAACGACCCUUCGGCGCUGACCAUGGGGAGCGAACGUGAUGCAGCCAUUGCCAAUAUGGAGAGCAUGGGUUUCGCCAGGGCAGACAUUGACCGGGCGAUGCGCGCAGCAUUCUUCAACCCCGACCGUGCCGUGGAGUAUCUCCUGAAUGGCAUUCCUGAGAGCGCCCUCCGCGAUCAACAACAACCCCAGCAGGCCCAAGGUCAAGGAGCUGCUUCCGCAACCCCGGCCGCCGGUGGUAAUACGGGUGCCAGCGGUACGGCUCCCGCUGCGACUACCGGUGAAGGGGACGAGCCGAUAAAUCUCUUCCAGGCAGCUGCACAAGCUGGCCAGAAUCGCGGCGCUGCCGGUGGCGGUGAAGAAGGAGGUGCAGCAGCCGCAGCCAGCCGGGAGCAUCUGGCUGCAUUGGCGGCAAACCCUCAAUUCCAGCAGCUUCGACGGAUUGUACAGCAGCAGCCCCAGAUGCUCCAGCCCAUCUUGCAACAGGUCGCCGCAGGCAACCCGCAGCUGGCUCGCUUGAUCAACGAGAAUCAGGGGGACUUUCUCCGUUUGCUCAUCGAGGACGGUGACGAGGAUGUGGCGCUGCCUCCGGGUGCACAGGUAGUCAGUGUCACGGAGGAGGAGAAUGCCGCCAUCCAACGUUUAUGCAACCUUGGCUUCUCACGCGACGCUGCCAUCCAGGCCUACUUCGCAUGUGACAAGAACGAGGAGUUGGCUGCGAAUUUCCUCUUCGAUCAACCGGAUGACUUUGAUGACCAGUAG